AUGUUUGAUCUCGGAGUCGGGCCUCUAUCGCACGAGUGGAAGGUUCGGCGAGUCGGACACUUUACGCGCCUACGCGCCACCACGCGCCUCGCCAGGCCCUCGUCUUCUCGUUCGCCUCAUCCAUCCCUUUCGGUGGGGACCUCAAUGCCAGCUGAAAUGAUCGACCUGUUACCGCCACCGAUGGAGCUCGUGCUCGGCACGUCCGCGACGGAUGCGCUGCCACGGUGCACGCCCAACCUGAUGCCGUUCCACAUCGACUACGACGGCGCAGCACCUGUCGAUUCGUUCCUGCUUCUGCGCGCCGCACCAAGCGACGAGCCACAGGACCUGCCCAGCUCAAGCACUACCGAAUCUACCGAGCCGCUGAACAGCUACAUCUCGGCGUUCCGCGGACGAGCUAUCCAGUCGACGCCCCUGCCGCUUCCCCCGGGAUACCGCGCGGAACUUGUGCGCAUUGCCCAGGUCGAACCACCCGCGAAUGCGCAGCCCAGCACAAGCACUGCAGUCCAGACCACCACCAAUGAGGACGACAAGGAAAGACAACGGAAGAGGCAAAAGACUGCGCGCAUGCCCGCCAAACAACAGAGGUUCUCCAUGGACAGCGAUGACGAGGACAACGAAGACGAGGAGCAAAGUGAUCGAGAUGCCUCGCUCGAACCAGAACCGGAGCUCGCACAGCAGGAGGAAUCGCAGCCAACGGUGGGAAGGACAAACGAAAGGGCGGCAGCAAGAGUACGGAUCGCGCCCGUGGCACGCGUGGCAGACGACGAGCUGCGCAUCUGGGGUCCUGACGGUCCCGUCGACCGCGGCGACGAUACACUCUUCCGCACCGUAGGCGAGUGGAUGACCACCGUCGCUCCCAUUGGCAAUGGACGGGCAGCGCGCGCCACCAAGCGGUACCGCGCACAGCGCUCGGCACUCGAACGCAUCAGCAAGGGCUCCAUCCGCCGUCUUGCGCGACGGGGAGGCGUCAAGCGUCUUGGCGGGAUGGUGUACGAGGAGACGCGGUUCAUCUUGCGUGACUUCCUCACGCGCGCCGUGCGCGAUGCGAUCGUCUACUCCGGUAAGUCCCACCUGCCCUCCCCACCCUGCAUCGUCGAGUCGAGCUGA